CCGCGCCGCGCGGUCCCCAGAGCCGCCUGGCGCGAGAGACGCGGCGCGGCCGAGACGGGGACCGUGGCCAGCCGGGCUUUGUCCGCAGCGGCCCUGCGUCGCGUGUGGGCGUCGCAGCCUGGGUUUCUGGGAGCUGCGUGUUCUCAGCGGGGCCGACUUGGGGCCCUUCCAGCUACGGCGAGCUUGUCCCCUGGGCUCUGCUGCGGUGAGGGGGAGCGACUCUCGGGAACAGGAAUGUCGCCGGGAGGACGGACGACCCCCCCAGCUUCUGACCGGAGACCCAUCAGGCCUGCGGAGAAGCGGCUGAAGAGACGCAGAAAAGGAGCACAUCGCCCCGAGGGCCGAGGCUUGAAUGAUUUCACCGCACUCGGAAGCCCUUAGAGACCGCGAGUCACUUGACAGAGAGAAAGGAACUGGGGUGAGAGUGGCGGCCAGGGCCGGAUGGAGAGAGAAAUGUCUUCGUCGGCGGGGAUUCCAUGGCCCGGAAAAUUUUAUUUUAACCUCACGCUAAACAGCACCCGGCAGCCCUCGUCCCGUCGUUCUUCACUAACGCUUUCCAGAGGCUGAACAGCUUUCUAAUCGUGACCAUCGCCCUGUCUGAGAGAUGUGCUGCUGUGCAGUCUUUCCUGAUCUCGUGGAGUCAAAAGAAGUCAUACCACAGGGAGGCCUUGCCAGGGUUUUCUAUUUUUGUUUCAUUUGAAAGAAGGAAGGAAAAAAAUGGGCCUGACAGGGGAAAUGACUUGUCUGGGAUCAAUAAGUGUGAACAGAAGUCAGAGUCCCUUACUCUGGAUUAAUGCUAUUCACCCAAUCAAAUUGAAACAAGUUUCCUGUUGAAAGCUCCUUUUGAGAGACUGCAACCAAAGUAAAAGAGACAGUUUUUUAAAAGAUUUAUUCUUAAAAUACCUAUCCCUGUUUCCAAAGCUUCAUAUGGAUUCUUUGACUCAGGAAUUAACAUUAUUGUGGCAAAGUAGAUGUACAGAACAACCUUGAAGUGGAUUCUUGCCCCCUGCCAACAUCAUUUAAUCACUGCAGCCUCCAACUCCCAGGCUCAAGCAAUCCUCCUGCUUCAACCUCCUGAAUAGCUACAGGUAUGCUCUUUGGAGAACCGGUUUCUGUGCUCUUAGAGGAGUACUAGAAAAUGAACAAAUCCCAGACAUGUGCUGUUCAGGGAUCUGUGUCAUUCAAGGAUGUAACUGUGAACUUCACCCGAGACGAAUGGCUACGACUGAAUGGUACUCAGAAGACCCUGUACCGCGAUGUGAUGCUGGAGAAUUACAGCCACCUGGUCUCCAUAGGAUAUUGCAUCACCAAACCCAAUGUGAUUUUCAAGUUGGAGCAAGGAGAAGAGCCAUGGACAUUAGAUGGAGAAUUCCCAGACCAGGGUUAUCCACAAGUCCAGAAAUUAAAUGACCUGAUAAACAGAAGCCAGGAAAACCAAGAUAAACAUUUGUGGGGCACUUCACUCCUCAGCAACAACACAUUCUUUAAGAAGAGAGAGAAUGUUUUUGGAAAAGCACUGAAUCUGGGCAUAAACCAGGUUUCUUCGAGAAAAACACCCUCCCAGUCUGACUCAUGUGGAAUGAGUUUGAAAUAUGUCUCAGAAUCAAGUAUUAGUGAUAAAAAUUAUGCAAAUAAGAACUCUGAUGAAAUUAAUGUAUGUGAGAAGUUGCCUUUUGAUAAUCAAGAAAAGACUCACAUUGGAAAGAAACGUGAUGUAUAUAACCAAGGUGGGAAAUCCUCAAGUCUUAAUGAGCACUUUAUUGAGCAACAGGAAAUCAAAACUUUGGGACCACCUUUGGAAGAUAAUGAAUGUGGAAACACCUUCCCUGAGAAGGCAGCCAUCGUAACACAUAAAAUGUCUAAAACAGGAGAGAUACCCUGUGAUUCUAAGGAACAUGGGGAAAAUGUCAGUGCCACGUCAACCCUCAGAGUUCAUCAGGAACCUCGCACAAGGAAGAAUUGCUCUGAAGUUAAUGAGUGUGAGAAGUUAGUCCUCUGUAAACAUCAGAAAGUUAACACAGGGCAGAAAACCCACGAAUCUAAUGAAAAUGAGAAUUUCAGCAAGAAGUCACAUCUCAUACAACCACAUAGAACUCAAAUAGGAAAGAGAACCUUUGAAUGUAGUCAUUGCAAGAAAUCUUUUUGCCAGGUGUCCCAUCUCACUCAACAUCAUAUGAUGUACAUAAGAGAGAAACAAUGUGAAAGUAAUAACUGUGUGAAAACCUUCCAGAAAUCACAACUCACUGACUCUCAGAGAACUCACCCAAAAGAGAAACCCAGUGAAUGUGGUAAAACUCUUGUGAAGUCAUCCCUCACUGAUCACCAGGGAACACAGUCAGAAAAGAAGCUUUAUGUAUGUAAUGAGUGUAAGAAAUCUUUUCGUCAUAGCUCAGCCCUACGAGUCCAUCAGAGAAUUCACACAGGAGAGAAACCGUAUCAGUGUAAUGAAUGUGGGAAAUCUUUCUAUGCAAAAUCAAACUUCAAUCAUCAUCAAAGAACUCACACAGGGGAGAAACCAUAUGAAUGUAAGGAAUGUGGGAAAUCGUUCUGUGUGAAAUCUAACCUAACUAAACACCAAAAAACACAUACUGGGGAGAAACCUUUCAAAUGUAAUGAAUGUGGGAAGACUUUCUUCCAGAAGUCACAAUUUGCUGACCAUCACAGAACACACACAGGGGAGAAACCUUAUGGAUGCAAUGAAUGUGGAAAAUCUUUCUACUAUAAGUCAGCCCUAAAUGUACAUCAAGGGAAGCAUACAGACGAUAAACCCUAUAAAUGUACUAAGUGUGGCAAAUCCUUCUGUUAUAAGUCAGCCCUAAUUAUACAUCAGGUAACUCACACAGGUAAGAAACCCUAUGAUUGUAAUGAAUGUGGGAAAGCCUUUUGUGUGAAGUCAAAUCUCACUAAACAUCAGAAAAUUCACACAGGGGAGAAACCCUAUGACUGUAACGAAUGUGGCAAAUCCUUCUCUAUGAAUUCAGUCCUCAUUGUACAUCAGAGAACUCACACAGGGGAGAAACCCUAUGGAUGUAAUGAAUGUGAGAAGUCCUUCUACAAAAAGUCAGCCCUCACUAAACAUAGGAGAACUCACACAGGGGAGAGGCCACAUGAAUGUAACGAAUGUGGGAAGUCCUUCCAUGUGAAAUCAACCUUAGUUGUACACCAGAGAACUCACACUGGAGAGAAACCUUAUAAAUGUAAUGAAUGUGAAAAGUCAUUCUAUGUGAAGUCAUAUCUUAAUAUACAUCAGAGAAAUCACACAGGAAAGAAACCCCAUGUAUGUAAUGAAUGUGGGAAAGCCUUUGCUAUGAAGUCAAAUCUCACUGAUCAUCAGAGAACACAUUCACAAGAGAAACCCUAUGAAUGCAAUGAAUGUCAGAAAACCUUUCGCCAUAAGUCAACCCUAACUGUACAUCAGAGAACUCAUACGGGGGAGAAACCCUAUAAAUGCAACGAAUGUGGGAAAUCCUUUUAUAUGAAGUCAGCCCUCAGUCAACAUCAGAGAAUCCAUACAGGGGAGAAACCAUAUGAAUGUAAAGAAUGUGGGAAAACCUUCUUCCAGAAGUCACACCUUACUAAACAUCAGCGAACACACACAGGGGAGAAACCCUAUGAGUGUAAUGAAUGUGGGAAAACUUUCUUCCAGAAGUCACAUCUCAUUGAACAUCAGAGAACACACACUGGUGAGAAACCCCAUGAGUGUAAUAAGUGUGGCAAAUCCUUUUGCUAUAAGUCAGCCUUAACCAUUCACCAGAGAACUCACACAGAAGAGAAGCCUUAUAAAUGUAAUGAAUGUGACAAAUCUUUCUGCAUGAAAUCACACCUCACUGUGCAUCAGAGAACUCACACAGGGAAGAACCCUUUUGAAUGUAAUGAAUGUGGGAAAACUUUUUAUGUGAAGUCAAACCUCAUCAAUCAUCAGAGAACCCACACAGGGGAGAAGCCCUAUGAAUGUAAUAGAUGUGGGAAAUCCUUCUGUAUGAAGUCAACUCUCACAGUGCAUCAACGAACACACACAGGGGAGAAACCCUAUGAAUGUAACGAAUGUGGGAAAACCUUCUGCAAGAAGUCAACUCUUACUUGUCAUCAGAUAAUUCACACAAGAGUGAUACCCUAAAUUGUAACAAAUGUGGAAAAUCCUCCUGUGUGAAGUCAAAUCUUACCACAGCAGGGAAAACUUUGGAAAAACCUUAUGAAUGUAAAAAUGUGGAAAACUCCUUUUGUGUAAAUUUAGUACUUCGUUAGCAUCAGAAAACACACAAAUAGUAGGGGCUGGAGGGCUCUCCAUGAAUGAAAUGAAAAUGGGAAAAUUAUGCCAUCAUACUAAAUAUGAGAGAACUUCAAUGGGGAGUGACCUCUGAGUCACUCAUGCUGUAUAAUAGUAUCCACCAACAAAUCAAAUACAGCACAUGCUUCAGAGAAAUCAUAGGGAAAAAACAAUGUGACAAAAGUAUAAAUGCAUUUACAAAGUCACAGCUUACGGCACAUCAGGUAAUUGUUAUUGGUGUGAAACUAUGUAAAUGUUUUAUGUGUAUGAAUGCUUUCAAGAGAAAAAAACCAAACAUUAUUAUAUAAGCAGAGAAGACCAAGGAGACAUCUGUCAAUUUAGGAGAUAGAGAUACUUUUUUUUCUAGAAAUAAUGUAAUAUAAUUCAUGUUUCAGUUGUGCUACCAAAUUUUGAAAAUACAACAAAUAUAUCUAAUGUUAA